AUGGUUCGGGAUAUCGAGGACGUCGUGGGUUCGAAACGUGAUACCCAGAGUUUCCACGGCUUCAUAUUUGUGUCCUAUUUACGACGACCCUACCGCCUGCCAGGCGAUAAGGUCGUCGCCCUUAAUCGGCUUGAUUUAGGCAGCACUGACGAGCACCAGGAUACUGCAUUGAUUACUGUGUCCGCAUCAGCCCCCUGUCGAAGAUGCCUAAGAGCCGGCGCGCCGGGCGACGCGCUCGGCCGUCCAAACGCUAUUCGGGCCGAUCGAGAUCUGUUCUUGCUACGA